AAGUACAACUCUGCUGAGAUGAAAUCUGUGUUUUGGAUGGUGGUGGUUUUGGGGGUUGCUUUAGUAAUUCAUGAAGCUGGAGCUGAAGAUGAAUGCAGCACAGUGACAGCACUGGUAUCGGCAUGUGCCAGCUUCGUGAACUAUGGCACACCAGAUCCGGUACCUGGUGCACCAUGUUGCAUUGCUAUGACUACCCUAAGUACUGUAGCUAGCUCCACUGGCGUUCAGACCCGCCAGUCUGUCUGUAGAUGCAUGAUGGAGCUUAUUACUACUUACAACCCAAAUGCUACUGCCAUUGCCACUCUGCCUGGUUUCUGUGGUGUUUCUCUUGGUUUCACCAUUGAACCUAACACUGAUUGUGAAUUCGUCUCGUGACAAAUUGGUGUUUGGAAAGUGAUGCUGAAGAACAAGCACGCAUCUUCACUCUAAUAAAAAAGAGCAACCUUACAGGAACAGUUCGUAUGUUGUUUUUAAUAUAGUUGUCCAAAGGGAAACUAAACAAAGACUUCCUUUAAUGACAAGUAUGAUGUGAAUAACACUUAAAGAUUGCUCCA